GCCAACGUACCGGCACUAAAAAAUCACCAGAAAGAGUUUUCCUCAACGUUAGUCAAUGAAAAUUGAAAACAACUUUGAAAACAGAGCUUAACGUUUGUUGGAACGCUAUUUGAGCUGUGACAGUCAUGGAAGAAAGCAUGGAAGUUGUUUCGGAAACGUCUCGGGGUUCUGUUUUGAAAAUAAUCGAAGAAAAGGAUAAAAUUGAGAAGGAAAUUGAAGCCUUGAUGGGAGUGCUGUCAACAAACCGAGUUGGAAUGCACGAUCCUUUGGUUGAUGCAGAGGGUUAUCCACGUCAGGACAUAGAUGUUUAUCAAGUGCGACAUGCCAGACAUCGAAUCGUUUGCCUUCAGAAUGACCAUAAAUCUCUCAUGAAAGAGAUUGAAAGAGGAAUCCAUGCUCUGCAUUCUGGGGGUUCAUCAAAUGAGAAUGAUGAGGCAAUGCAGGAGCCACAGCCAGUGGGAGACACAAUAGCGGUUGUUAACAAAGUGACUCCAGGGUCACCAGCAUCUUUAGCGGGCCUGGAAGUGCUCGACAGAAUUAUUGAAUUUGGAUCAGUUAAUUCUGCAAACUUCCGCUCAUUGGCAAAUAUUGGCUUUGUGGCUGACAGCUCCAAAAAUCGUCCCGUGACUGUGGUUGUUUUGCGAGAUAAUCGUAUUGUUCGAUUAUCAAUUACCCCUAAACCUUGGCUUGGACCUGGAUUGCUCGGUUGUAAUAUUGUACUACCAGAAAAUGUUGAUAGGUAAGGUCUUUUUUUUCGCUUUGUAUCUUCCAAAUUGUACAGAGAGCGUACUGUAAACUCUGCAUUCUACAUUGAUAUCCAUAUUCGUUAUCUUUUUUUGUUCUCUUAGUGGCAUGACAAUGGGUUAGGUAUGAAGGAAACAAAAACUCAUUUUGUUCUUAAAAACAAAUAUUAUUAAAAAUAUGAUUCGUUCUUAACACAUCUACUUACUAUAAAAAUAUACUUUGCUUUUUUUCA